AUGUUUAUUACAAUAUACGAUAUAGUGGUAUUUUUCUUUAAUGUGGUCUUGGACAAUUUUUUCAGAGAAAUCAAAUCACGAGGAUCACAUAAAAUUCCUAUGGAAGGUCCUGUGAUUUUUGUCGCUGCACCUCAUGCGAAUCAGUUUGUUGAUCCACUGAAUUUGAUGAGAAAUACCAAGCGUAGAGUUUCAUUUUUAAUUGCGGAAAAGUCCAUGAAACGUAAAUAUAUUGGUGCCAUGGCUCGUGCUGUUCAUGCAAUUCCCGUAGCAAGGCCACAAGAUUUGGCCAAGCAAGGAAUAGGGAAAAUUCAUUUGGAUGAUAGAAAAACUGAUCCUCUACGUAUUACAGGGAUUGGAACCGAAUUCACAAAACAAUUUAAAGUUGGCUUUCAAAUUGCACUUCCUAAUGAUUGUGGCUCAUCUGAAGUUACUAAUAUAGUAUCAGACACAGAUUUGUUGAUCAAGAAAGAAUUUAAAGAUCUUAACGCGUUAGAAAUGUUAACAAAUCCUGAAGGAACUUCAUUCAAGUGUUUGCCUCAUGUUGAUCAAAGUCAGGUGUAUAAAGCCGUUUUUGAGACAUUAAAUGCAGGAAAUUGUAUUGGAAUCUUCCCUGAAGGAGGAAGUCAUGAUAGGACAGAAAUCUUGCCACUGAAAGCUGGUGUCACAAUUAUGGCUCUUGGAGCGAUGGCCGCAAACCCAAAGUUGGACGUAAAGAUAGUACCAUGUGGUUUAAAUUAUUUCCAUGCCCAUUCUUUCCGUUCUCGAGCUGUUGUAGAAUUUGGCACCCCUAUCUCAAUAUCACCCGAAUUAGUUGGAAAGUAUCGUAAAGGCGGUAUGGAAAAGAGAGAAGCAUGCGGAAAGUUAUUAGACUGUAUUUAUACCGCUCUGAGAUCUGUUACAGUGAAUACACCAGAUUAUGAAACUUUAAUGGUCAUUCAAGCUGCGCGACGUUUAUAUAAACCCGAGCAUCAUAAGCUUGAACUAUCAGAUGUUAUUGAAUUAAAUCGUCGAUUUGUUACUGGUUAUAUGAAAUUUAAAGAUGAUCCACGUGUGCAGGAAAUGAAUGAAAAGGUAAUGGCAUAUAAUCAAUUACUGAAAUAUCAUGGUUUGAAGGAUCAUCAGGUUCAUAGAACAGGGCUUGGAGGAAUAAGAGCCUUUAUCCUGUUGAUAUACAGAUUAUUUGUUUUGAUAAUAUGGGCUAUUAUUGGCUUUCCUGGGUUCAUAUUGAAUAUUCCACUAAUUACUAUUACCCGCGUCAUAUCCGCAAAAAAGGCAAAAGAGGCUUUAAAGUCGUCUACUAUAAAAGUAGCUGCUCGUGAUGUACUGGCAACUUGGAAACUUCUUGUUGCUCUAGUUGUCAUGCCUAUUUUAUAUGGAUUUUAUACAUUUAUAACGUUAUCAUUAGCCUAUAAAUAUGAUUGGAAAAUAUUACAACUUCAUUGGUGGACUCCUAUGGUUGUAUAUAUAUUUUUCUUUUUAGUUAGUAACUUUACAAUGCAUUUGGCUGAUUCUGGACUUGAUGUAUACAGGUCACUUCGCCCACUUUUCUUAUCGCUUUUACCAUGGUCACAAUCAUCUAUUCAAAAUCUUCGUGCAGUACGUGAACAAUUAUCAAAUGAUCUUACGGAUCUUAUUAAUGAACUUGGACCUAAAAUAUAUCCAAAUUUUGAUAAUUCACGUCUUGUAAGAGAAUUGAAGAGAAAAAGUCGAUCACCUUCACCUUCAUCAUCAAGACCACAAUCAUAUCAAAUGAGAUUAUUCCCAUUAGCUGAUUUUCUUGAUGACAAAGUUUUUGAUUGGUCAAGAGCAGAUGAUUCAGAUUAUGAUGAUGUAUUCUUUUUCCUUGACAAGCAACAUGGCAAUGUGGUAGGAAGAAGUAGAACAAAUUCAAGCGGACAAAAUAGUACUAGAACCCGUAGUCGUGCAAGUUCGUUUAAUUCUAACGUAUCAAGUGAAGGUGGUGGACGUAAUAGCGGAGGCUUUCGAGUGGAUGCAUUUACAGAAUUAUCAAAAGAUAAAGCACUUUCAGAGGUAAACAAAAGACCCACAUCUUCUAUACCAAAAGUUGAAAUAAAUAAUUAUGAUGAUGAUUCAGGAUAUCAUGGAGAUAAAGAAAUUGAACCUAAAAAAAGUGUGUAA